AUGGUGACAAUAUUUGGCGUGUCUUGGCUUCCACUGACCGCCAUUAACCUGUUGAACGAUUUCUAUCUGCAGACUGCCAUGUGGACACACUACUACCUGUUCUUCUUCUCUGCCCAUGCCGUGGCUAUGAGCUCCACGUGCUACAACCCGUUCCUAUACGCGUGGCUGAACGAGAACUUCCGGAAAGAGUUCAAACAGGUGUUGCCUUGUUGGCGCAACGGUUCCGGGUACGGUGCGACUGGGGCAGACGUGGGCCAGGGACGCAGGGGCAGGGUCGGUGGAUACCGGUCCGAGAGGACGUGCAACGGCAACGACACGUGCCAGGAAACGCUGUUGCCAACGUCCAUUGUGCUGCCGUCAGGCCGAACCACCGCCACUACAGACUGCACCGGAUUGGAUCUCGUGGUAAGUUGUAUAUUAUCUUCUAUAGGAACUUGUAUACGAUACUGUCGUGUAUGA